CCAGACUGAAGCACAAGAGGCAACAUGGACAUCUCUUCUGCCCAGAUGAACUACAGGACACAGUACCAGUGGAACUGUCCAAGCUCCGAUUCCGAAUUGUACAGUCUCUCCUCUCCAGAGACUGUCUCCCCAGCCUCUUCCAUGGACUUUAGCUUUUCUCCCUCCUUCCAGCCCUGUGGCUCUGCCAGGGGUGCCCACUCUGUGUGCCCGCGUGGACUGCAGGCUUCGAAGUCCCCUCUGUCUGGCGAGGAGAGGCUGUUCUCUGUGCAGCCGCUGAGAAAGACCCAGUCAAAGGACCCCAGCAGGCAGAGGCAGAGCGCCAGCGAGAAAGAGAAACUGAGAAUGAGAGACCUGACCAAGGCCCUUCACAACCUCAGGACCUACCUGCCCCCUUCAGUGGCUCCGGCGGGACAGACCCUGACCAAGAUCGAGACCCUGCGCCUCACCAUCCGCUACAUCUCCCACCUGUCGGCGCAGCUGGGGCUCAGCGAGGAGGCGCUGGCCCAGAGAGGGGAGCUGGACACCCCAGGGUGCCUCACUGCCCCAGCCUUCCACGGGUGCUACCAGUACAGCUCCAUACCGGCACACUGGGCGCCAGAACCCAUGCCAGGACAGUGCCAGUACACCUCCACAGCUGCCCACCCAGUGCAGGAAACAGGCCUGGGGUCCUGUGAGUUCAGCUCCAUGCUGGGCAGCUCUGAUCGAGAAGAGAUGCUGAACUCAAGCACAGACUCUCUGCUGCAGUCAUCACACUUUGGAGACACAACACAGUCAUGUCAGGUGUACAGCGAAGACUUCUGUGGUCAAAUUCUGCCCCAGGAGUUCUGGAUUUAA